UUUCCAGACCUAUCGGGGUUUAAGGGCUGCCUUCAUCGUCUCACAAGCCAGAUCUUCCAGGAUGGAUUGGUUCCACUGUAAUCAAUGCUUCCGAAAAGAUGGCACCCAUUUCUUUGUGACCAGUUGUGGCCAUAUUUUCUGUAAAAAGUGUGUGACUAAGGAAAAAUGUGCUGUCUGUGGAGCUGCCUGUAAGCACCUGGCUCUCUCUGAUAAUCUAAAACCUCAGGAGAAGAUGUUCUUUAAGAGCCCUGUGGAGACAGCUCUUAAGUAUUUUAGUCACAUCUCUCAGCAGGUUUGGAGUUUCCAGAAGAAACAGACAGAUCUACUUAUCACCUUUUAUAAACACAGACUUUCUAAGUCAGAAGCUGCCAUGCAGGAGGCCCAAAGAACAGUGGCCAGUCAGGACAAGGAGCUAGUAGUCCUAAGGAAGGAAAAUGGGGAGCUGAAGAAGUUCCUGGCUAUCCUGAAGGAAUCUCCUAGCCGAUGCCAAGGAAGCAGGUCUAUCACACCCCGGCCAGUAGGCAUCACUUCCCCAUCACAAUCAGUUACUCCACGAACCACUUCCCAGAACAGCAACCAGGUGGUCAGUCAGCCUUCUUCCUUGGAAUCCAUUCCAUACAGGGUGUCUGGCUUUGGUAGCUUUGGCCAGCAGGGGAACAGAGGCCUGCAGGGAAGAAAUACUUCCAGGGAAUCUUAUACCGAUACUCCUUCACCAGCUUCUACAAAUAGCCUAUCUUAUGGGGCUCUCUCUGCUUCCUCCGGACCAGGGAUUUUCUCUGUCACGCCUUAUCUAGGUGGUGUUGGUGGGACUACAGGUCUCACUCCCAGCCGCUCAAGCCAGAGUGAUGGUAGAUCGGCACCAGAGACUCCUGUGGCUCUCCAGCUACCAGUCCUGCAGCUCCAGGUCACCCCCCAGACACCUCAGUUACAUCAAACUAGGUUGUCCAACAACAGAGGAAGAUGUGAUUAGUUAGGGAGAGUGAAUCGUGGACCUUUCCCUGCUCCUGAAUCAACCUCUCUUCUAUCCUUCUCCUAUACAGGCAAAGAAGGAACAAAGUCUGCCCCGUAUAUGUUGUCAGUGGGACAUGCUAGAGUUGUAGCAAAUAUUCUUCAGGAUGUUCCUGGAGUGUUUAAAAAAAAAAAAAAAGAUCCCAACAAUCCUUGCUUCCAAGGUACUCUGCUCAAAGAUUCCUUUACUUUUUGGGUAUCUGGGAAAAGAGAUAGACUCAAGACACUUCUAUAUAUUGGUGUUUUGGAAAGAUGGCAGUUUUUCUUCCCACAGGUCAUUUGUAAAUAUCAUUCUUAUGUAAUUUAAAUGGAGGAUGUAGAUACAAAUGUGGUGAACAUAUUCACCAAUUAAACUUCACAACUAUUUCAUUUCUUAGUUCAGGGUAGCAUUUCUUGUGGCCAGGAGCAAGCCCUCAACAUUAGAUUCAAUUCUUCUCUCUACCUUGUCCUGUACUUAAACACAUAUCUAUAUACUUGUAGCUUCCCCAAGGCCUAGUUACUAUUAAAUGGACUUUUCUCUUGUUUUUUUUUUUUUCCUGUAAAAAUAGAAGAGUGGAGUGGCUGCUAGGUAAACACCUAGUGGAUAGAGCACCAGGCUUGGAGGUGAGAGGAUGGAGGUUCAAAUCAAAUAGACACUAGUUGUGUGACCCUGGACAAGUCACUUAACCCUAUUUGCCUAUCCCUUGCCACUUUCUGUCUUGAAUUGAUACUUAGAAAGCCAGGUUUUGUUUUCUAUUUUUUAUGGAAGAAUGGAGGCAUUUUUAUAGUCCCAAUUUAUUGAUUCAUGAAGCGAAAAAUAAUUAGGAAGAUGUGUUCUCUUAUUGAUAUUCCCUGUACUACCAAG